AUGUUCUUAUUGAUUUUCUACUGUGGGUUAAUAUCAUUCGUCGUGUCUGCACAUUCCAACAACGACACAUUAGAUGAUGGAGAUAAACUAAACAUCAGCACUACGUUGUCUGCUUUGCCGUCCACGACGAUUCCUGUUUCCAAGAAAUGCGUUGUGGAGAUGAAAGAGAGCGAAAUCUCGCAGAUUGUUGAACUUUUUAACAGUAAUGUUGUUAAUGUAGUGGAUAUUCAUGUCUCCUUCUCUGGUACUAGUCACGACAAACAUCUCUUAUCGGAUUUUCAUGUUUCAUUAAUGAAUCCCAUCGGUCGAGAAAUUAUACACACUCUUGACGGACCGGAGUUCAGAUAUUUAACUUGGACUUUAAACACUGGCAUACGAAACUUUGAAUUACGUUUCAAAGAAAAUCAAAGCGAGUGCAUUAAAAGGAAUGAAAAUGUAACUAAUUUUGCAUUGGAGAAUACGCAGAAUAUAAUUCGCAGCAUAAACCUGGCAACAAACUACGAUGUUUGCUCUUCUUAUAAGGAAACUUCAUCAGGAGAAGUAAAACGAAUUUGCUGUCAGAUUACAAAAUCCAAUUCGACGAAAUUCAAUGAAGGCUGCUCCGAACCAAAAUCAUUUCUUUACGGGAGUAGUGUUCUUUGGGAUGUUAUAUCCGUAAUGAUGCUUCUUUUUUCCUGGUUGUAUUUGAUGUGGUUGCUGUUUGUGCUUUUGUCUCGUACUGAGUUCGACUUAAAAUAUCCCAAAUAUUACAAGCUGGAGGAAAGCAGGAUGUCGCCAUCUUUUAUUCUCUUUAAAAUUAUUUGGAAAGAAAAUGGUCACGUAGUAUCCUUUAUCCGUAGAUGUGUAUUAACAGGCGUUUUUUCUUAUUGCAUUUACUUGGUUUUUCGCGCAAUAACAAUAUUCUAUGUGAUGGUGCAAAUUAAACUCCUUUUCUGGGGACUAACGUUUUUAAUUUCCAGUCUGUACGGAUCUAAGAUUACAGACUCCUCUAUUAUCGUCAGUAAAAUAAAAAGAAGGAAUCAGUGGUUCAUUACUUUCUACUUCGAUAUUCUACAAUAUUUUAGACACAACGUUAACGAGUUACGCCAGGACGUUGACAGUGGAGAAUUUGCAAUCGUGAUUAAAUUAUUAACUUUGCCAUUUAACAUAAAUUUUUGGAAAAAGACAAUAAAGAAUUUGCAUAGCGUGUUUACAAUUUUUAUCACAUGUGCAGGUAAACGGUUCAGAAAUCGUAUUCUGAAAAUUUUCGCACUAUGCACGUGUUAUGUACUUGCAGUACCGAUUUGUUCGCUUUAUGUUUGUAUUGUAUUUCUCUCUCUCGUAAUAGUAGGAAUUUUAUAUCCUGCAAGCAGCACAGGAGAAAUGUUAUACCUGAUUCUAAACUUGGAAUAUAAGAUUGAGUCUUGCUGUUCACAAUUCUUGAUUCGGUUUCACAUGAUUGGCCUUCUAUGCUUUCUCCAUCUUACUUUGAUCGUAAUGAUAUUCGCGAUACAGUCUUUCCUUUUAGGAUUGUUUCUAAAUCUUAUUUACUUCAUUCCUUACUUCGCAUUUUUCUCUGUCCUAACAUUCUACUGUUGCAGUUAUUGGAAGACCAUGGAAGAGAAAUACUGCGUAUUAAAACGGCUAAUUUACGAAGCAUGUCGAGACAAACAGCAAGUGAAUAAUGGCUGCAUACCAAAUAGACAUCCCAAACGCGAGGAAAAAGUAUUACCUGUGGUGUCCAAAGAACUUUAUGAUAAAAUCAGAGAAGAAUUGUUACCGUAUGUUACAAACUUAUUUUAUUUUGGAUUGAAAAUAUUUUGGUCUUUUGUAUUCUCAUUUGGUAUUUUUAAGCUAAUCAAUAUGCUAAAUGAAUUGAAUGUUACUGGUGUAGUUCAAGUUGUGACAACUGCGAGUCUCGGUAUUAUGCCGCACAUAUUCAAUAUGGUAGCGUCGAGAAUAAGCGAAGAAGGAAAAAAAGCAUGGGAGGAAAGGUUGAAAUUAAAUGUGAAAUACAUGGUGGAAGAUUUAAUUCGUGAAGAUCCUGAACUAGCUCGGACGGUUUUGAUAAAACAGAAGAAUGAUGUCGCAACAUCUGUAGGUGAAGUCACGGAGAAUAUUCAGUACGAAUCAUCCGUGUAA